AUGCAGUUCUAUCCCAAGGCGCGCGAGCAGCGGCCUAGCAUCCACCAUCCGUCUGUUCGGCCGCGUCGAUUGGCGGUGCUGAAGGCCGCGACCGUCAAUCUUUUCCUGCUUCAAAUUCUCUUUUUGGGUCUCUUCUGCUACAUCUUUGGAUCUCUGUUCCAACAGUCAAGUCAUAUUCACAACAUCAAUGUUCUAUUUGUCGACUACGAUGGCGGCGCGAUCGGCGAUGCAGUUCGCGAUGCGUAUCAGAAGCUCGAGGGUGCCGGAUUCCCAAACCUGAUUGAGCGCCCAGCUUCUUUAUAUCCACAGGCAGGCAAUAUCGAAGGCGCGGUUUGCGACAUCAAAUUCUGGGGAGGUCUCUACAUCACAUCCAAUGCCUCUGACGCCCUUACUGCCGCAUUUGCCGGUGGAUCGGCUGCUUCAUCAUACGACAACAGCAAUGUCAUUACCAUGGUGUGGAAUGAAGCACGAUACCCCACAGUGGUAGACUCGGCUCUUCAAACUAGCCUAAAGUCCCUGUCAGAAGCUGGACGGGUCGCUUAUUCGCAUACGAACGGGGAACGAGCUCUCAAGAGUCUCGACACGUCAGAUCCUGCUGCACUUGCGGCUUUCUCCAACCCGUGGACAUUGGCCUCCACCAAUAUUCAACCCACCUCACAGGGGUCCCGCCUUAUCUACAACACUCUGGUCAUCAUUUUGAUCAUGAUCCAAGAAUUCUUUUACCUGGGUACCGUGAAUGGUCUAUACGCCCAGUUCAACCUCUACGCGUCGGUCUCUCCACAUCGAAUUGCCAUCGUGCGCCAAAUCAUCUCGGUAGUAUACACAUUCGUCGGAUCUCUUUGCACGACGGGCGCAAUCUGGGCCUUCCGACAUGGCUGGCAUGUCAACGGAGGCCAGUUCAUGCUGACCUGGAUGGCGCUAUGGCUCUUCGCGCAUCUGAACUUUCUCGUCAUGGAUGUAUUCACCAUUUGGCUCCCACCCCCUUACGUGCCAAUGGCGUUGAUCUCCUGGGUCGUGACAAAUGUCACUUCAAUCCUACUCCCUUUCGAGCUUUCCCCGGCCUUUUACCAAGUAGGCUAUGCAUUGCCUGCGCACAGCAUCUUCCAAGUGCUGAUUGAUAUUUGGUCGGGGGGCUGUAACCCUCUACUCAACUACGCUUUGCCGGUAAUGUUUCUCUAUGAAAUCCUCGGCAUCGUUCUUAGCACUAUUGGCGUUUAUCGUCGGUCACACUAUGCUACUCUCAAGAAAGAAAUCGACGAGAAGGCACUUGAAGAGCGUGUUGCGGCAGCUCUUGCCGAGCAACAGGCGGCUUCGUUGGUACGGCAGCAGACUCUCCAAGAUGAACAAGAAAGCAGGACAGCCGACACCGAGAAUGAGGAAAGACCUGCGCGUCCAAGGCGUGAGACCGUCACGACUAUGGCGGAUCAAGAAGAGCUGGUUGAUAUCCUUCGACGGGAGAUUUCUAAGCCGCAGGCUGAGAAGUCUGACGGCAGAGAUUCCACCGGGCCAUCUUUUGCUUUGCCAUAUAAGGACUGA